GCUUUCUAAUCAGCUACCGUAAAGAAGGCUCGAGACAGUACGAACUGAAAGCAGAAACAGAGUCGGAAUGUAACGCUUGGAUUCAGUCGAUUGAGAACGCUAGUUUCAGCAAAACUAUGCUAAAGAAAGAGGAAUUAGAACAAAAGCAUCUUCACUUAGUUCAGAUUGUAGAGAAUGAGAAGACCUGUAAAUGGCAGUAUACACAGCAGUGUGAAGAAUUGACGUUGGAAAUCAAGAAACUAAGAGCUGAGCUCUAUGCCCUAAAGAAGGCGUGGCAUUUGACCCCCAACCGUUCGGAGGAUGAACCAGAAAGUGAUGAAAUAGCUAAGAUUAAAAAGGUACGUUCUAAUUACAUCAGCCUCACAUCGAGAAUGGAAAGUUGGUCAACGUUAGUUUUAGGUGAUCUGUUUGAUAUGUUACUGCCAAUGUUGACGAUCUACCAAGAGUACGUCCGAAACCAUCAUUACAGUAUUCAAGUCUUAGCCGAGUGCAAGCAGAGAAAGAAAUUCAACGCAAUGCUACGUCGUCUCGAGGAAAAACCAGUUUUACAGGGGCGUACGUUAGAGGCCUUUCUUACUUAUCCAAUGCAUCAGGUUCCACGCUAUAUCAUUACCUUGCACGAGCUUUUGGCCCAUACUCCCCACAGCCACGUCGAAAGGAAGAGUCUGGAGAUAGCACGUGCUAAGUUGGAAGAACUUUCGAGGCAAAUGCACGAUGAGGUUAGUGAAACAGAAAACAUUCGAAAAAACUUGGCAAUUGAAAGGAUGAUUGCUGGAGGUUGUGAUAUACUUUUGGACGUCAACCAGGUGUUUAUCAGACAAGGAAGUGUUAUUCGCGUUGUUGGUGGUGACAAAUCCCGACUGCAGCGCACCCGUGUGAGAGAAAGUGUACAACAGUGCUUUCUCUUUACUAACCAUAUUCUAUUAUGUACCAGAACUUCGUCAGGAAAACUUUAUUUUGCAGAGGGAGUGGGGAAAGUCUCUUUAGCCGAUGCUACGUUAGUCGAAGAUCCGAAUGAACAGUUUCAGUUUUCUGUGGAAGACGGAGAGAGUUCUGUGAGUUCUGCCUCAAGCCAGUCAAACGGACUCAGCGAAACGAGUAGUAUGGCGACAUCUAGCGGUUCCGGUGUACAGAAAGAUUAUGGUGGGCUCGACUUCAAGAUUGUCGUGGAUAACAAGAACGGGCCACCGGUCGUCAUUCAUCUGGUAGCCCCGACAUCGCAGGAGAAAGCAGCAUGGACUAGUGAUAUAAGUCAGUGUAUUGAUAACGUACAUUUCAACGACCUGUUUCACAGCACUAUGAGUGAAUUCUCUUCCGUCACGAUGCCUCAUUUCAUCAGGUAG